AUGCUGUCGGUGCCGAUGAUGCUGCCGCCGGCGACCGCCGCCGCCAAGAAGCUGGCGAGCAAGUUGUGUUUUGUUGAGGCUUAUUACAACGUCGCCUGUGUUGUGGUCCACACGAUGCGAUUUACUUGGAUGGUGUACAUUUUACUAGCAGUUCAUGCAGAUGUCAAUGGACAACAAGAUAAGUCUGAAAGAGAUAUAACUAAUGUGGAAGCUGUGAACAUUAUUAAAGACUAUGCAGUAGACAUAGCAGUGGGUCCAAAAAAUGCGACUUAUUGUAGGCUUGAGGAUCCCACGGGAGCUGUAGUGUUCGACGGGUCCAGCCCGUGUAGACUGACUCUGAACAGAGUGGCGAUGGAACAUGAUGGAAUCUGGAACAUGAAUAUAGGAUUACCGGGACGAGUUUUGACUGAAGACGUUUUAUUAACAGUUAAUGUAAUGGAGGCAG